GCAAUCAAACCAACGAAAAAGCCGGCUCGUUCCAGUGUCAUUACAACACUAUACUUGUUCUGUCUCAUAAAUUGUAGUGUGUAAAAGAAAAAUGUAGCGUAAUUUGUGCUGUUUUGUGUCAUAUAUCAAUACGAAUGAACAUGUGGUCCUCCAAAAUCAUUUUUAGUAAUUCUGAAUUCGAACGACUUCGAUUUCCUACUGUCGCAAGGUGCACCAUCAGGUCAAAUUAAUCCGCGUGACUAAAUACUCGAGAGAUUUGAUCCGAUUUUAGGCCGAAAAUCAAUCGUACCUGUGCCAUUGAUCAACAAAGCCGAACCAAUCAGUACAGCUCCAUCCAUCUCGACGAUUCUCGAAGUCGACAAUAGCAUCACGGAGUCAGUCAAAUCGAAUGAAUCAUUGGCGUCUGACAAAUCUCCAAUUGCGAAAGCGAAUGCGGCAGUAAACGACAGUGGUGAAAACGAACCAAUCGCGAAACUGGAAUCAAUCGAAAAGCUAGACACACACAUCGGGGGUGACGGCGAUAACUCACAAGCACCAAGCACAACCGAAACGUAUGAAACAGCCUCCAUUGGUGAAUGCGAUGUCACACCCAGCGUAUUAAAAAUAUCACAGACUGACCGAAUUUCUCCUAAAGUCCGUUAACAAUGGAGAAGACAGUAUUCUUCUUCAUCUUGUGUAGUAUACUCAUAUUGUUCAGUAGUUUAACAAGUGCACAAUCCGCAUGUCAGACGCCAGAUCACAAGAAUGGGGUUUGCGUCCAAGUACACGAAUGCCCAAUGCUGCUAAAUAUGGUAUUGACAUUUAAUACAUUGUCAAUAUUCGACAAGGAGUUUGUCAGAAGUUCUCAAUGUGAGAAUAAUGGUCCCGUUACAAAGGUAUGUUGCAAUACAUCAGUUUUCAAAGAAUCUGAUUUCCCUCAACCUGGCGUGUGCGGAACACAAUUUAAGGAAAGAAUUGUGGGUGGAGAAGAGACAACCAUAACCGAUUUUCCUUGGAUGGCGCUAAUCCAAUAUGAAAAAACUGGGGAAAGACCUCGAUACCUCUGUGGCGGUUCGCUUAUCAACAAAGACUACAUUUUAACCGCCGCUCAUUGCAUAGCCUCGAAUAAAUUAAUGCUUAGCGGAUGGGGACCGACGACAGUGCGACUGGGUGAACACAACUUAUUAACUGAUUUAGACUGUGAAGAUGACUCUGAAAUAGACUGUGCUGAUCCAGUAAUAGAUGUGGCAAUUAAUCAAACCAUUUACCAUGAACGGUAUCAAUCGAAUUUGCCUGGACAACACCAUGAUAUCGCAUUAAUUCGUUUAGCACAAUCGAUUACGUUUACUGAUUGGGUUAAACCCGUUUGUUUACCAUUCGCUCUGCAUUUGAGAAACAGAACCUAUACAAAUGUCCAUUUGAGUGUGGCUGGUUUUGGAAGAACAGAGAAUGGAACGCUAAGUGAUGUUAAAAUGAAAGUAGAAAUUAAUGGGUUCAAUUGGAAUCGAUGCAAUGAUAAAUAUGGUAGACGAUUGAUUGCAGCGCAACUGUGCGCUGGUGGCGAAGAAGGAAAGGACUCGUGCAGUGGUGACAGCGGCGGUCCAUUACAUGCAGAUGAUAAAACCAGUAGAGGAAUACCCUACACAUAUCUGGCUGGAAUUGUAUCAAGAGGUCCACAAAGAUGCGGCACACCGGGCUAUCCUGCGAUUUAUACGAAAGUUGAUCAAUAUCUCGAUUGGAUCAUGCAGAAUAUGAAGCCUUAGAUAAUGAGAAAAAACCGUUGAGAUAUUUUUUUACAUGAACAAACGUAAUUUAAAUGAGUUCAAGAUUGUAUUGCAAUUAAAUUGGAAUUCAGAACAAAAUAAACUAAUAUCACUACUGUCAA